GAGGAAAAAGUGGGUGAAGAUACUGUGGAUUCAUCUUCUUCGUUAAAUUUAUGGACUGAAUCGUUGGGAGUUGAUGGCAUUUUCAGUUUUCUGUUUCUGCAUGCGCCUCAGUAGAGACCUAGACCUGUGAAGAAGAUGAUGAAGAAGAUUGGGCCGAUGGAUUCUCACCUGCUUUUAUUUUAUACCCGUCCGGCCCGUUUAACAUGUUCGACCCGAUUUCCAAAAAAAUUAGUGCCGCUAACUGACCCAUGGAGAAAAACUAAAAACAUUAUCCGCUUCCAAUGGAGAACUAGAUCCUUCUCUCUUUUUCAAUGGCUGCCACUCGCUUAGUACCCUCCCUUCCUUCAUCUAUCAGAACGGCAUCGUUGGCUUCGUUGUCGUUCCAUACCUCAGUCAAAUUUCAAUGCCCAAAAUUUUCCUGCUUGCUCCAGUCCUACUCUCGUGAAUUUCUUCUUUGUUCUUCUUCUUCUUCUGCUGCUGUUCCUCACUGGCCACCAAAAAAAGUUAGGAGCGUUUUCUCUUUAUUAGCAGUUGUUGACGAGGAAUCAGUGGUUGCGGAAGAUAUUGACAAGAAAGAGAGCGACGACGACCUUUUGGGCACUGAAUUGAAUAGGCAGCCAAGACCAUGUGAACUUUACGUGUGUAAUCUUCCGAGGAGCUGUGACAUUUCAGAGCUUGUAGAGAUGUUCAAGCCCUUUGGAACUGUUAUUUCUGUUGAGGUCUCCCGGAACCCUGAAACUGGUCUCAGUCGAGGGUGUGGUUACAUCACAAUGGGUUCUAUAAAUUCUGCAAAAAAUGCAAUUGCUGCACUUGAUGGAUCUGAUGUUGGUGGCCGAGAAAUGCGGGUUAAAUUUUCAGUUGAUAUGAGUUCUAGUAAGAGAAACCCUGAGGCAUUGAAUUCAGCACCAAUAAAAAAUCUCUUUUAUGAAAGUCCAUAUAAGCUAUACAUUGGCAAUAUUGCCUGGAAUGUAACACCUGAAGAGUUGAGGAAUCAAUUUAGCCAGUUUGGGAUUGUAGUUAGUGCAAGAGUGUUGUAUGAUCGUAAAGCUGGAAAGAACCGUGCCUAUGCCUUUUUGUCAUUUUCGUCUGCUGCAGAGCGUGAUGCUGCACUUUCUUUGAAUGGAAGAGAUUUUCGUGGUCGGAUAUUAGUGGUUAGAAAAGGUGUUGAGAGAGAUGAUUGAGCCUCGCCGGAAAUUUUGUUUGCUUUAUAUCUUUAAUGGAGCAAUUUUGCAAUUUUUUUUUUUUUUUUUUAAACUAGAAGUGUGAUAGCUGGAUCCUCACUCCAAAUUCUUGGGCAGAAGAUUGGUCGUCUCUUCUUCAUUUCCACAAAUUCAAAGUUGUGUAUAUCUUGCAGUGAAGGUCAGUUACCCUUCAAAGUUUUGCACAAGACAAUUUACAUUAAAAAUAUCUUUGAGAAACUCUUACUGGUUGUGGUUGAUCUCAUUUGAGUUUCAAGUUUUCAGUGCUUGUGUCUAGCAUGAUAGGUUAUUGCACAUUUGCAUGUUGUUUUAUAUCCUGUUGUGAUAGCUUAUUUCUAAUUUAGUAUUGUGUUCAAAGUCCA